AUGAAUACGGAAAAGACGGAUGAGACUCAGAAGACGGUGGAGGAGUUGAAAGUACUGGGAGGAAGGAAACAGAAAGAAGAGGAGAAGGAUGAUUCAUCACAACUAAAAAUUCCGACUUUUGAAGAAUCAUCGAAGAAAAAAAAGGAGGCUCCGAAAGUCAUGGAGAAGAAAAAGAAAGUUCCUAAAAAGGAGGAAGAAUUCAAGUUCACUAAUCGAGGACCCAUCAUAUUCACGACACAAACUGUUGCUAGUUGGGAUAUAAUCAAUACUUUGGAUGAGAAGGAAGAGAAGAAGAUAUCGAUUAAAAAAGUGAAAUGGGAUGAGAAUCCGAUUGGAUAUCAUGAAACUGGAGUGGGUGUGGAUCAAGUUGAGAUACCAACACCGAGUUCAAGAGGUGGCUCUUCCUCGAUUAUGACUGCUUCUAUUCGACAAGUUAAGAAGCUUUAA